CGGGGCGGCCAUUUUGCAGCGGGUUCCGAGCGGCAGCAGUUCGUCGCCCCCCUCACACACACGUCCCGCUCACACAUGGCCGAGUACUCCGCCGUGGCGCCGCCUAACGCGUUAACGGCGGCUGGAGGAGCUGGCGGCAGCGGCGGCGGCGGAGGAGGAGGCGGCGCCGGUGGUGCCGGAGGCGGAGGAAGCGGCGGUGGCGGCGGCGCCGGUGCGGGUGGCGGGACGGCCGGGGGAGGAGGCGCCGGCGCCGGCUUCAAGAACGACGCGUUCGCCGACGCUCUUCAGAGGGCGAGGCAGAUUGCAGCAAAAAUUGGUGGAGAUACAACAACAGCAAUAAGUACAUCUGACUAUGGAUAUGGUGGACAGAAAAGGCCCUUGGAAGAUGGUGAUCAACCAGAUACCAAGAAAGUUGCCCAGAAUGACCCAUUUGGAGCACAGCUAGCUGCAAUGCAUCAACAGCGGUCAAUUGCAACCGAGGAAUACAAGGUUCCUGACAGCAUGGUUGGAUUUAUAAUUGGUAGAGGAGGAGAGCAGAUUUCGCGCAUACAACAAGAGUCUGGGUGCAAAGUACAGAUUGCGCCUGACAGUGGUGGUUUACCAGAAAGGUCAUGCAUGUUGACGGGCAGUCCUGAUUCUAUUGUAGCUGCAAAGAGACUACUUGAUCAGAUAGUUGAAAGGGGCCGAAUUGGUCCAGGUACACACCAUGGUGAUGGAGCAGGUACUUCUGUGCAGGAGAUCAUGAUUCCUGCAAGCAAGGCUGGGCUUGUUAUUGGAAAAGGUGGAGAAACAAUCAAGCAGUUACAGGAACGUGCUGGAGUGAAGAUGGUGAUGAUUCAAGAUGGACCUCAGCCAACAGGAUCAGACAAACCCCUUCGAAUAACAGGAGAUCCAUACAAAGUACAGCAAGCCAAGGACAUGGUGAUGGAUUUAAUUCGUGACAGAGACCAAGGUGGUUUUAGAGAACAGAGGAACGAAUAUGGAUCUCGUGUGGGCGGAACUAACGAAACAUUGGAUGUCCCUGUACCUCGAUUUGCUGUUGGUAUUGUAAUAGGGAGAAGUGGAGAAAUGAUAAAGAAGAUACAGAACGAUGCUGGGGUGAGGAUUCAAUUCAAGCCAGAUGAUGGGACGACUCCAGAAAGAAUAGCUCAGAUCCUGGGCCCUCCAGACAGAUGUCAACAUGCUGCAGAAAUACUAAGAGACCUCCUACGAAGUGUGGAGGCUGGCAUGCCUCCUGGUGCUAGUGGUCCUGGUCCUGGCAGAGGAAGAGGCAGAGGCCAAGGGAACUGGACUAUGCCUCCGCCUGGUGGACUACAAGAGUUUACUUUCACAGUACCAAGCAGUAAGACUGGCAUUAUCAUUGGCAAAGGAGGUGAGACUGUAAAAGCAAUUAGUCAGCAGUCAGGAGCACGAAUAGAGCUUCAGAGAAACCCACCUCCAAAUGCUGAUCCCAACUUCAAAAUGUUUAUUAUUCGUGGAUCAACUCAGCAGAUUGACUAUGCCAGACAACUUAUUGAAGAGAAGAUUGGGGCUCCUACUGGUCCUCCUGGGCCACCUGGUCCUCAUGGUCCCCAUGGACCCCAUGGCCCACCUGCCCCUCAUGGGCCCCCGGGUCCUCCAGGUCCUGGAGCUCCAAUGGGGCCCUAUAACCCAGGGCCCUAUAAUCCAGGCCCUCCUGGCCCACCUCAACAUGGACCACCAGCACCUUAUGCUCCACAAGGAUGGGGGAAUGCCUAUCAGCCCUGGCAACAACAGGGUCAACCAGAUCCAAGUAAAGCUGGAGAUGCAAAUACUGCUGCAUGGGCAGCAUAUUACGCUCAGUAUUAUCAGCAACAAGCACAGCAACCACCUGCAGCUCCAAGCACUGGUCAGAGCAAUACCCCAAAUUCUGCACCGGGUGAUCCAAACCAACCAAGUGCUCCUCCAAAUCCUCAGACCGAUUAUACCAAGGCCUGGGAAGAAUAUUACAAGAAAUUAGGUCAACAGGGACAACCCCAAGGCCCCCAGCAAGAUUACACCAAAGCUUGGGAGGAAUAUUACAAGAAGCAAAGUCAGGCAGCCCAAGCCUCUAGUACAGCAGCUCAGCCAGGUGGACAGCCAGACUACAGUGCUGCGUGGGCUGAGUAUUACAGACAACAAGCGGCUUACUACAGUCAGACAAACUCCCAGCCAAUGCCCCAGCACCCACCAGCACAGCAACCCCCACAGGGCCAGUAAUGUGAAGUGGAGAUAUUUGCGUCAUUGUGGGAAAAGCCUUUGUAAAAUUUAUGGAUGCAGACGUCUUGAUGAAGAUCUUAAUUUUGUUUUUGGUUAAGAGACAUAGUGUUUGUUGCUAUUGUCAUACCUAAGAGGUAGAGAACUUGAUAACCAUUAUUUUGUGUAGAAUUGCAAAUUUGGUUUGCUUUUAGUGAAUCACAAUAGUUUGAACAUUCCAGCAUAUGUAUUUUCUAUUUUUAUUCGGUCAUUAAAGUGACGUGCUUUUGUUGUAAAAUGUAUUAAUUUCAUUGUAUACCUGUUCACUUUUAAAAUGCUUGUUUUGUGCUUGACAAUAAAUGAUAUGAAAACCUUUGUUUGUGGGUAAGUUGGAUCUAUGGGUAAAGAUAUAAAGAUUGUGUUGUGCCUAUUGGAUUGUAACCUGGUAUUACAACACAUUCUCUGCCUUGUGGAUUUCUCUUUUGAGUCAGACUGAGACUUCAGAUGUGGAAGAUUUCAAUUCAGAUCCAAGUUGCUAAUGUAGCCAAGUUUUUGAAUCAAUGAUUAUUGCAAUUUAGCUCAUCAGUAAUAAUGCAAAGUUGCCAGCAGUGUAUAUUUUGCAUAAUCUUUUUAUAGCAGAAUGUAUGAUGGUAAAAUGCUAUUUAAUCUUGUGGAUGGCAUUCUUAGUUUUUCUUUGCAGUUUGAUUCUAAUUAUCUCUAUGGCAAGCUACUUAGGAAGUGCUUGUCUAUUUGUUUGCAGUCUGUAAUUACUGCCAUGUAAAAUAGUGCCCCAUAACUUUUCUUUCUGACAGAAGGAGUUUAGGAAAACUGAUGGUAAGGUAUCAGUCAAAGUAUUGACCAAUGACUAAGCAGUUUCUUAAACUGACGAUGGAUUUGUUUGCUAAUGCAUUAUGACCUGCUCCACAUCAUUUAGUUGGAAUUUGCUAUUUUAAAAUCCGAAAAGAUUAUUUGAAUUGCUUCUGCAUAUUAUUCCACCUAUUUGAAAAUGAUUUGUUUCUGUGCAAAUUGCACUCUUUUUUUCGUUAUGUUUGCACCUGCAUACUAUAAUAGUUGUUCAGUUUAAUUAUGCAAAAGAUGAAUGCAAUUGCAGUCUGUUUGCCACUGUAUUUAUUGAAGUACAGGUGUGUUCCAGCCAAUAUAGCACUAGCUCUGUAAGGGUAACCUGGCGUAUGCUGUGCACCAUCCUUGAUUCUGUUCCUUCAAGGAGCUAUGCACUGUAAGUACAUUAGAAUAACUCUUGACUGAAAUAGAGAUGACUUACUCUGCAGUAACACUUGAAAUUGUUUUUGCCCAUGUCCUCUAUUUUCUAUUACACUGAAAUUUUAUGCAGAGCUGAAUGUGUCCUGAUCACAUACUUGGCGCGUAAAGCUUGUAGGAAUUGAACUGAUAGGUACUUUCCCUGGUAGUAUUGUUGAUUAAAAAAUUCUCUAUUAUGGGUAAGUAUUUCCUAAAUUGUGUUAAUUGAUGCUUGAGAUGCUGCUGAGUGGAAAUCUAUUUUGGGUGAUAUUGUGCUAGCUUUUCUUAGGUUACUUGGACUGUAUGCAAAUAUAUUUUGUUGAUGAAGGUAGGUAGGUCAGGAGUGUGUUGCAUUUCAACUCCCUUGAUGUUCAUCAUAAUAAAUGGUCAAGAAUAUCUGCUUUUGAUGUUGAUGCGUAGAACAAUGAGAGUUAUUUCUGGUUUUUCAAAUGAGCGCAUAAUAUUUUCCAGAGCAAAGUUGUCUUUUUGCUGUAAAUUGCAUUAGAAAUUGCUAACUGAAGUGGUAAACGUUGAAUAAAUGCUUUGAUUUGGAUUGUGCUUAUUUUGUUGGACGUGAGAAUGAAGUGUUGCAGAUUUUUGCUGUGGAUAACAUUGUUCUGAGCAGGCAUUUUAACUUGAAAGAAAUGUAGUUUUGUUCUGCACUUCUACAUGCUGUUUUGAAUGCUAUUUGAUUGAUUCAAGUGGAAGAGAAAUGCUCUUGAUAUAUGAUGGAGGUGAAUUGUACUGUCCGCACUGUAAAUUCAGAGUACCGGUUACUGUAACUUAGUUUCACAGCUGGGCCCACAUUCACAGAAUCUAAUUUUGCAGGCAUUAAUCAAACCCCUUGAGCCACAAAGAACGUUCAGUAGCCCAGCUGUUGGGGACUGCUCAAUUUAGGUAUGGAGAAUCGAAUGAGUACUAUGACCAAGAACCACAAGACAUCUGCAGGUUAUCCUCAAUGUGAGUUUUGUUCACGUAUGAAACUCUUUAUUGAAAUUGAUGUUUUGACUUCAGAAAUGAGAAUUUUUGAAUUUUAUUUGUAAUGAAAAAUUCAGGAAUAUCUAACAUCUAAAUGGUCCAUUUAUCUACAACUGCAAGUUAUCUUUAACUACAGAUUUUACAUGGUGAUUGUUUCUAAUUGGAGAGGUUAUUCUCUGUGCCUCAUCUACAAUCAUCCACGCAACUAUGUCUGCAUAAGCACAAGAAAAAUUUACAAUAGCUAUUUUCCCCUUUACCUUAUUCAAUUUAUUAUGGUACUCUGUCUCUGCAGGGAGAUUGUGUUCAUUUUUUUUACAGCAGAAAACAAUUAAAAAAAAAGUCUUACCCUUUUUUUCAUUGAUGUCCUUAUCCAUUUCAGGUCCUUUUUUCAUGUAGUCAAAUUGACAAUCUCAGUUUAGCUUAAUUUUAGAAGUGUGCCCCAAAAUAUACUUUCGCAAUGGGCAGAUUACAUUGUCUUGAUGUGGAUUUCAGUGAAUACCCAAAGGAGCUUUUAAUAUUUUACAAGGAUUCGUAAGCUGAAGGUCUGUACAAUCUGAAGAGUUUAGCCUUGACAAACUUGUGGUGAGUAAUCAUGCCUGAACAAAACAGUGUGCCCAAUAAGUGAUGUAAUCUUUAUAUCUUCAGGAUGAAAAUGGAUCCUAAUAAAAGACAGGUAUUUGCAGAAAACUAAUCUGAAAAGCCAGUCUAUCAUGAGAUGCAAGCAAGGAAGGAAACUGGGGAAUCAGUUUUUCUGAUUUUCAUUUCGCACUACUGUCUUGUGAGAUUUGUGAUACUUUUUUUUUUGUUCUGGUGUCCUGAAAUUGUGCCAAGUAAAUUGUUAAUAAUAAUUAUGGACAGCACUUGUCAGUGGAUUGGUUCACAUUUAGAAUGGUACUCACUGCAGCCAAGUCCAAUUGUGUUACCAUAUAUAAAUCACAAGUAUAGGCUCUAGAUAUUAGGUUGACUUUGGCAGAGUACCUUCGUUAUCCUUUAUGUGGAAUUCACUGUAGCCAUCCUAUUUACUAAAAUUUGGGUGCUCUUGCUCUUUUAUUUUUUAGACCAUGAGUCCAACAAACCAUUUAACUUUUUUUUAACAAAACAAGUUUUAACGUACUUUGAGGGCAGCUUCACUGGAGACACUAUUAACUUACUGUUUUAAUAGGAUUAAAACGUUAUAUUUGUCAUUGAGAUCAGUUGAGUUGUGACUAAAGAAAAGUAGAAUGUUUAAGAACAGCAAAGGAUUUAAUGCUUUUAAUUAAUGGAGUGGAUGCUCGAAUAACACAAUUGGAGCAAUAAUUGAAAUUAAUUUAGUGGAGAAUUUUAUUUGAACUGUUCUGUUUAAUGUUCUUUUUUUUUCUUUGCCAUUGUUUGGUGCAGUUUGCCUCAAAGCUUUUGUUUGCCUUGCAGAAGAGACUGGUUUAGAUGUCAGUGCUUAAGCUCUAAAUAUGAAUGCCUGUAGACUUGGACAAAGUUGCAUAAUGUUCAUUAAGGAUUGUUUUAGAUCAGAUUUUGUUACUUUCUCAAUGCAAGCUAUUGUCCUAAUUCUGUAACAUGCUAUAAUUCGAAAAUCUGAAAUAGUAGGAAGAACUUACAAAAAUGAUUACAAAUGGGGAGAGGCAGGUCUAUAAGUAUUGGGAUAUACUGACUGGAAUUCCUAAACCAUAUUUUAAACCGGAAAAUAUGCAAUAUAAUAACCCCAAAGAUAAUGACCAUCUUUGAGUUGGAGGAUCUGGCCAUUAUUAUGCAAUCCCUGGUCAAUAUUAUUAAGAAUUUCAGUAAUUACAUAUGGAAUUAUCAAUUGCAUUUUUCUUCAAUGGGAAACGAUAUCAAAGUUGUUAAUUGGAUUGAAGUUAAUUUAUUCCUGCAGAAAUCAGUUUUAUUUUGUUUACCAGAUCUAAAUAUUUACAUCUGAUGUGUCAGAAUGUCCUUUAUGCGUGGUGAUUGUAAUAGUACUUUAGCAAGCAAUGAUUGUUUUGUGGUUAGUAGUUUCAGUGGGGCUAAAUUGAAACUUGUGUUAGAGCUACAAACUAAAUCUGUUUGUAGCUACUUAUUGGAGUUUGUAAUUUAUAUGAACUAUUUAACAUAUAGAUUAACAACAUUAAAGGUUCUUAAUCAUUGUGCUAUUUGUUCUUCUGUCUUUGCGUAACAGAAUGAUGUUCCUUUAAAUAUAUCUUAGCUGUUGAAGUUUUUAGAAUUUGUUCUCGAAUAGCCUUAGAAUGAACUACACCAUUUAUUACACUGUAAUGUCUAUAAACUGCAUCUUGUAAUCCAGGAAUUUAAAGUUAGUGAUAAUGAACAUGCAGUUGCUUGCUUAGCAUUCCAGAAUGGCUGGCUAUUUGUGGGUGCUUGAGAUGGCUAGUGUAAGUUUCAAGUGAUAACCAAAGGAAAUGGAUGCAUUAUCAAUUUUCCUAAAUUAAACUGAUGUGUAUUAAAAGAAAGCCAAGGCCAUGAGAAUAUAUAUAUAAGACUGGCAGAUGGUAGGAUUUAGGAUUGACAAUAAUAAACAACACUGAAAUGAUAAUGUAAAAUGAGGAUGAAAUUAUGUUGAUAAGUUGUAAGGUUAAUGUUAGUGCCCCAUCAUUUGUCUAGCUGACCUGAUUUCAGUACUCUGAUUCAGGCCUGCAUCAAUUUUAAGUAGCAGCCUGGUAUAAGCUUUCAUGCAUGAAUGUUUAGCUAAGGCUUUUUAAAAUGCCAACAUAAUGCAAUUUCUUUUCACAGUUAGGUCAUCUUGCACUGUAAAGGCAUGAGAUGCUUACUCGAGUCACUGGCCAACAAAUAGAAGCUAUGUACUGCUAUAAAUUGUUACUGUUGUAGUUAUGCAACCACCUUGUAACUUUUUGAAAUUUAACACUUUGACAAUGCUUCUCAGGGCAAAUACUCAAGAAAAUGAAUGGUUUGUUCAAUAAUAAUGAAAUCUUGUAUGCAUUGCAGAAGAUAGAAUUGUUUGCAAAGCAUUUUCCUAUUCAUGAUGAUGUUUUGGUUCUAUACUUUUUUCUCUCUCAAAAGCACUCUUAAGGUGUGAGUUGCUCUUGAAUCAUCCAUUCUUUGUGUUAGCUGUGGCAUUAGGCAUUGGCAAGCUACUUAACAGUGGACUGCAUUGAAGCUGCACUUGGUCUUUGUGCUACAGCCAUCAGGGUAUGCAUACCAUGUGCUGGACACCAAUAGCAACUGUUAGUCUUUUCUUUUGCCCACAAUUUGCAUAACCUGUGACUGCCAUUUGUAACACUACUUAUUCCCACCUCCAUUUGAGAUCAGCAAACUCAGGUGAGAUUAACUGUCAAUUUACUGAUCUGUGUAGCUAAGAGCCAAGUGUGAUAAAUUUGUCAGCUGAGGCACCUGUAUACUAAUGCAACUUGCACCUUUUUAAAUCGGUAACUUCUCACUCUAAUUACCUUGUCCUGAAAUUUUGUUGAAUUUUUCCCUUGUAACGCACUAUCACUUCAAACUUUCCUGACUCCCCAUAGUUGUUUCUGCAAGAAACUCACCCUGAGCUUCUACUAAUCAUUAAGCUCACUUCUGCCUGGUCCUUUUGUCCUUCUGGUACCAAGCUGUGCCCUUAAUUUACCGUUUGCCAAAUCUUUCUACUGUCAUCUUAUUGUAGCUUAAUUUCCUGAAUUAAAUAUACGAUUGGCAGUGUUAAGUAAUGCUCAGCAUCUUUUCUGAAAUAUUAAUGUUUAUAUAUCGCCUUUAACAUUGAAAACAGCCCAAGAUGCUUGCAUAGAUAGAUACUAGCAAGAGCAGCUUUGGAAAUGAGCCAAAACCUUUUCAUUAGGAUACAUCUUUGCAGAAUUUUCUAAAGCUGGGCAAAAAGGUGAGGAGUUUGAAUAGGGUCCUGAUUGAUGAAGGAUGUAUUCAUUUGAUUUCUACAAAGAUGAUUUUAACAAUUAGAGCUUAGAACGUGAUUUUACAGACUUGUUUCACUUUGCUUUGUCUAUAACAUUUAUUUUAUUUAAAAGUUACCAAGACAUUGGACUAGCCUAAUUUGAUAUUGCUUCAUGAUAGGUUUGCAUCUGUUCCCUCCUCACUAGCCCCAUCACCCAAACAUUCCUUCCGAUCAGAACAGACCUGUCAAGUUCACACUGUUAUUGGAAGCCCCGAUGUGGGAUAUUUGUUUACUUUUGUAUGCAUUUGGAUAUGGUGAAAAUUAAUAAGUGUUUAGCUACCUGCUUCUGAUUUUGAUUAACUUAAUUCCACAUUUCAUAAGUCAGAAAUUUUUGAAUGGUAGCUAAGCAACCAUCCAAUGAAUGAUUUUGCUGAUAAAUUGUGGACUUGAAUGUUUCUAGAUCAUCAAUCAUAGGGGAAGGUGAUUUGGCAUUCCAAAAUUUAUCCUUAAUUCAAUGCAAAUCUUUUUUGACCAUAAUUAGAUUGCAAUAUAUUUGGCAUUCAAAUAAACAAUGGGUAAAAUGCUUACGGAGAAGAAGCUUGUUUUGUUAGCAGUGUUCACGACAAAUUGAAAGACAACCUAAUGUUGUGUUCGCCAUUGCAAUAAGAAUCAAAUGGGGAACAAAUUUAAAUUGACCUCCUUACUUUGCAUUCCUCAAAGAAAAGUCACCUUUGUUUAUAAUUCUGUAUUUUGGUUUGAUCUAGAUUGUAAUGUUUGAAAUUAAUGCAUUUGCUUAUUGCUUGAUGUAUUAGCUGGUGGAGUUCAUCAUUAAAAGACUAUAGCUAAAUACUUCUGACAAAUUGAGCAAUUACCACUUUCAUCCAUCCCCCAUCUUGCCGAAUUAAAUUUCAAAACUGAUAAAUGUGAGUUAUGUGUGAACAGGGAUAUUUGUUUUGAUUACUGUUCUUUAGGGUGACGGUCACAGUUGGUACCGUAUAGGAUUUCUUUCUGUUCAUUUUUAAAUUUAGGCUUUUAUUCUUUGUCAGAUUAUAGACCUAAGCACUUCUGACAGUGUGACCUUGCAGACAAAAUCCAGGCCAAAUUGAAUUAGUCAUGACAAAAUCUUCACCGGGAUUACACGUGCCUGUUCAAAAGUUUGGAUGAUCCAGACUCCUUAACAUUGGUCAGCAGCAGUCCCGGAUCCCAAGGUGAGGAUGACCAUCUCCUCCCACAGUCUAUCAGAAUUGUUACAUAUAUGUUGGUGGCUCUGGAUAUUUGCCAUAGACUGCCAAUGAUCUAAUUUUAUUUUCAAUUGCAUGUAGUUUGUGUUUCUAUGCCAAAUAUAUUUUUAUACAUUUGCGCAGGUGGCUGUGAUCUCAGUUAAAAAGAUUUGAUGCUAGAUCUUUUUGAACAAUACUGCUAAAAUGAUAUUCAAAAUCAUAUUUCUUUGAAGGAAAUGUUUUGCCUUCUGCGAGUAACUUAAUUGCAGAAUACAGUUCUGUUAGCAAAUCUACCAAUAGGAAUAAAUAACCAUUAAACUUCAACCCCCAAGAAAAGUUCAUCUAAUGUUACUGUACUUGUGAGGAACAGUUUGAAUUCUGGACUGGCUACUCCCCCUCUUCCAUUGGCAGCUGCUUGUAGGACUAUGAUUUAAGGAAGUUACCACACAUACUAACUGGAGGUAACUGCCCCUCUUUCUUCCUCUCUCCCACCCCCAUAGCCCCUAAUUUCUCCUUCCGAGUUUCUCUGAGAUGUGUGUUUAGGAAAAGGAAUCCCAGCCUGUGAAAUUGACCUGCCUUCUGCACAUUAGCCCCUUCCAAUUUUUCAUAAAUUUGCAAUGCUGUUUGUUUUUAAAACCUGGUCAGGGAAUUGGUGAGAAUGCAGGUUUAUUAAAUGAAUUUUUAAUCAGAUUGAACACUUGGUGGGAUGUUUACAGGUUUUGGUAUCUUUACUGUUUCAUGAAAAGCGGGGUGGUUAAUGGGCAAAGUCAUUGCACAUAUCAAGUAUUGAUAUGGCCAUGGUUUGACAAUGGUAGAGAACAAGUACCUCUGAGCCUUUUUUUUUGUUGUGCAUUUCUCUGAUCUGUAGUAAACGCUUUCAGGAUAAGUUUGCUCAUUGUAGUUUAAUCUUCCUGUAGAGCAUGCAAUGAAAGAUAGCCUGUAUCAAUUUAUUUGGUCUUUUUGAUAGUAAUGAAGCAAUCAGAAAAGAUGACUUUUGAAUAGUGUGGAUUUUUCAAAGCUUUUUUCAAUAUGUAACCAAUGCAUGCAAUGUUUUGGGUAUUUAGACAUCAACAACAAAAGUUGAAGGGAUGUUGCAGAGUAUAGUUACUUAUAUUCUGAAUGAAUAAAGCACCCUCUCCUUUAAAACUAGAUAACCAGAAAUCCAUAAACCAGUUCUAUACAUCUUGUAUUGCAACUGAAUGCCAAAGUAAUUGUUAUGCUGACUUUAUAAGGAAGUGUUUCAAAAUGGAGGCUGUUGGUGUAGUUUUCUUGUACCAUGUGAAGUCGCAACUCAUUGCAAAUGAAGUGCAAUUUUUAUACUUCACAGUGUCACCCAGACCUUGAACCUUAAGUUCUGCUGCAGUACACUGAAGGUAAGCAAGAACAAAGGCGCAUUCUUUCAGGGUUGAAAAGAUUUUAAUCAGUUAUUGGCCCUCUUCAUGUAUGCAUUAUUGUGAUGAAACUCCCCAUUCCUUUACAGUACAAGCAUGGAAUUACAUGUUAGUCUGAUUAGCCAAAUGUGACAUAAUUCAUUACCAUAAUACCUAAAUUUGUGAGUUAAAAGCAUAAAAAGCUGUGAGUAUGAAAUAAUACAGAAGACUAGAAAUAUAUGUCAGCAUCUGAAAAAGAGACUGUUAAAGUUUUGGGCCUGCACCUGAAGCGUUUAUCUGUCUUUUCAGGUGCCAUCAGGUUUGCCUUGCUGUUUUAGUAUUUUCUGAUUUUGGAAGAAGUAGGAAUUUGCAUACACCUCGUUUGGAUGUGGAGUUGGCAAUUCCAGUAUUUUAUGUUGAUAGUUGUUGGCAGAAAUUAGUGAUUACUUUUGAUAGUAAUUUAAUUCAUAAAACUCCACCACCCAUCCCAAGGACUGUUUAUUUCGAUUUCAUUAUAUAUUAGAUAUCUGAAUCUCUAUCAUUGCUGUCAUUGGUUCAUUAUAAAUCUAUAAUUACGAUGUGAAUCAGUUGUGAAGACCUUGUGUUUGUUUAAUAUAUAGAUUGGCAAAAGGAUCAAGAGAGUUGGUGGAGGUAAUUACCUAUCCAGUUUGUAUAUUCUUGUAGGAAAAGCUGUAUGUUUUGCCAUGGCCUAUUUCACAUCGACUUAUUUUAACCCUCUUCCACUCAGGUUGAUAAAUGCCAUUGGUUAUUUCACCCCAUGCAGCAUACCGUUCCCAAAAAUGGUACAGAUUCCUUACUCUAUAUGAUAAGCAUCAAUCCUUCACUAUAACAUAACAAAACCGGUCUGCAGAUUAAGACCUGCUGUUUCUGCAUUGAAGGCUUGUGAAGGGGUUUUUGAGAAACAGCCUGGAGAGAGGGUUAAAAUAUCAGCAAUUUAUGCUGCACUAAUUUCAGGCAGAUAAUUGUAUCUUAAGGUGAGGUAUUCUGCUAUUUUGGUGUGUGUUUUUAAUGGUGAAUUAUCAUUUACUGGCAGGUUUGUGCUCUAUAGUUAGUAUUUUUUAGUUGAUGACCAGCUUAGAAAUACAUAUGAUCAAAUGAGGUGUGAUUCCAUUUUCAGUGUAAUUUAUUUUAGGGGAAUGAAUAUGCCAGAUGUUAUUACUUUUUGUAUUUUAAUCAGAAAGUCUUCAUGAUUUUGUCUAAAAAGCCAACCUGCUUAUCUCUUGGCAAUUCUUUUCCCCCCAAAGUAUGCAUAGAUGGUGCCUUCGUUCUUGCACAGCGCUGAAGAGCUAGCUGGCAGCACCCGAUUCAUAGGUCAUAGGAGCAGGCCCUGAGAUAGUUUCUACCCUUAUGGAGGAUUCCUUUGAGUUCAUCCUGUUGAACUGAUGAACAUAAAACAUACAAGGGCUCCCUGUAUAAGGUAAUGUUUUUUUUGAGGGAAAUGUCAUUCAUUUGUGUGCAGAAGUUUAUUUCCCACAAACUGUGAUAUUUGGAUGGGACAUGCUCUCUGAAUCUUUGGCUUAUGAACUUGUUUCUGCUCCCAUGUUUCAGUUGCGUACAAAUGUUAAACUGUAUACACUCUUUCCUGCAGGCUGAAACUAUUUUAAAUGGCAUAGUUCAGUCCUAUUUAAUAAUUCUAGAGCUCUACAAAUUUUAAAUCAUCAGUUUAUUAUUGCAAGACCAGUUUAGAAUUGCAAGACUUAAUGUGUGCAUUUUUGCUUGUUUUCCCUAUGGUUACUUUGUUUUUAUUUUGGUUUUUCAUUGAUGUUUCUACAAAGUUCAGUUUAAAUUUAACUUACUGAAUUACCAAUGAACAUAUCAAAUGUAUGUGCAUUAUAAUUUUGAAAACAGGUUUUGAGUUGGAUAGAGUAUAAUUACAGAAUCGUAACAAUUUAUUAGUCUGAUACCUUGUCCAUUUACUUAAUGGUUCAAAGUAGAUGUAGGAAUCUGUGCAUUAAGUUAGGAAUAAUAGUCCUUUUCUAGCCAGUGUGGAUGUAGUUUUUAUAUAAAUGUGCGCAUUAAAGUUUAACAUUUGAGGACUUGCUUACUUAAACAACUUACACAUUUUUGUUUGUUUCAAAAAUGUUUAGAAGUCAUGAUUCUAAAAAAAAAUCUGCAGAAGAGAACUUCUGCCUUUUUGAUUACUGUACACAAUUUGUGUUAGAUUCUAUAGGGAAAAUUGUCAUUUAAAGUGUUUUAAAGUAGGCAGUAACUGUACUAGAAUUUAUUAGAGGAAUGAUGUACCUGGAUUUCACUGCAGAUUUUUGCUGUUGUCCUUGUUUAUACUUCUAAUCAGUUAGAUAGGUUUCCUGCAUAUUUCUUUUGCAUUUUUUUUAAACAUGGCUUUUGAGAUGGAUUAGAUAUUAUCUCGAAGAAAAAAAUUCUUCAGAAAAUGUGCAUUGCUGGAGAAGACUACUAAGCAAAUAAAGGGCUUGCUGUGGUUGGAGGAAGGGAUAUCAUACAGAUUUGGAGCUGAACCGUAAGGUAACUUCUCAAUCUGACAAAGCUGUUUGAGAAUGUUGCAGAUGUAUUGAUACUGAAGGUUUUUCUUUGUUUUACUGAUAUGUAAUCUGAUUUUAGUGUGAAUUAAAUUGUAAAGGUUUUGAAAUUUAUAAAUAAAGUUUUAAGGUGCUC